AUGAUCCAGGCCAUAAAUCAGCUCGUUUGGCGGCACGAACCACUCAAGACUAUCUACCUCAUAUUCGCCCUCGCGAGCGCCCUCGUGCGAGUGCCUUUUUGGUUCACCUUCGCGCUUGUCCCGCCAUUCCGGCCCCGUGCCAGCUGGACAAUCGGUCGCACGGUCGUCGUGAAGCUUGCGCGCGCAUACUUCACCGCGAUCUUCAAUACUGGCUCUUUCCAGUGGGGGCGCGUCGACCCGCAGCGUUUUGCGAAGAACGAGGAGGGGGUCGGCCUGGUGUGGAUCGAUGUCGCACCAGACUUGAUCCAGGGUGACAUCAAGAAGUACGCGCGGACCAACAAGGUGUCCUCGGUGCAUGUGCCAGCAUAUUGGUAUGGGGACAGGGACACGCACUCGAAAGCUGGCGGUUGGGUGCUGGGCGACGCGAGCCCUGUUGGCAUGAGUGCACCCAUGGUGAAUGACAUGCUCUCGCACUAUCAUCAAUUCAGCCGUCUCCUCAACGUCGAGUACCGCCUGGCAUCUAGUGCGCCAUGGCGCACCGAGAACCCCUUCCCCGCCGCACUCAUCGACGCAAUCACCGCCUACAACUACCUCAUCAACGAGCUCCAUUUUCGCCCGCAGAACGUCAUGGUCGUCGGCGAGUCCGCGGGAGGCACGCUCGGGGUGCAGCUCGUGCGCUACAUCGUCGAGUCGAAGUUGCCGAACCUCCCGCCGCCGGGCGGCAUGCUUCUAUUGUCGCCGUCGAUGGAUUGGGGAAAGACCUUCGCGUUCGGCCCUGGCUCGUCGUAUUACCGCAACGAGGUCAGCGACUGGGUGCAGCCCUUCAGCGCGGGCUACUCGGGCCGCGCACUCCUCGGAUAUCUGCCGCCCUCCGAGGCACAGCUGAACGCUUGGAUCUCGCCCGCAUCGACGAAGCUCGGGAGUGCGGAGGGGCUGUUCAAGGGCUUCCCGCCAACACUAAUCUUCGCGGGCGGAGCGGAAAUGACUUACGAUGCGAUGCGCCUUGCGUACGAGCGCAUCAAGGCGGACACAGGAGAGGAGAUGACGGUAUUCGUUGAGCUCCCAGACGCGACACAUAUCACCUUGAGCUUGCCGUGGCACGAUAGGGAGAAAGAGGCUGCGUACCAGGCGAUGGCUCCUUGGGUCAACGCUCAUUUUUAG